CACGGCGCGCCCUUUCCCCUUACCUCCCACUUGUGCGCACAAGGACCUAGCUUUCUGAGGCAUUUCGACUAUUGAUUCUGAUUACUCACAAGCUACGAACUAUGAAAUUGGGUCAACUGAGCUGCUGGAUCUCUGUCGGCGGCAUAUAUCUCUCGGAACAUGGCGUCGAGAUCGACGAGGACAAAGGGGAAUCAUCUGCAUGGGUUCCUUCCAAGCCGGGAUGGUCUUUCACUGUCCAUUGGCACGACCCCGAUAGAACACGCGCCACCAGCGGUCGCAUCAAACUGGAUGGAAAGGACUAUGGCGGAACCAUACUCCGAGAGACACGUUCCUUUGACGAGAUCAAGAAAUCCUCCGUGAAUUUUAGCCCCACGGAGGCGCGUCCCUUCCAUUUUUCCAACCUCGAGUUCGCAGGCGCGUCCUCCCUUUGUUCCCCAAUGAUCUCCGCCAUUUACCAAUCUGCACGACUUUUAGACAACGACACCCUUCUGAAGAAGGAGAGCGACUGUCUAGGCUCUAUUACGCUCAGAAUCUGGCGUGUUAGCGUUGUGGGCCAGGCAGAGUACAGCGGGAACAAGGUGUCGGAUUCCAUAGCUUGCCAGAUGCACGAACGAGCGAAGAAUGGCCUCGAGUACGCAAUCAGGUUUGGGGACGUGCGGAGCGCGCCUAUUCGCGGCGUCGAAGUCGAUUAUCUGGAUGAAACGCCGAUCGCCACCUUUACCUUCAGAUAUAGGAGCCUAGAUACAUUAUGCUCCAAAGGCUUAGUGAAAGCUCCCCUCGCAGGCCCACGUUCGGACACACCUGCCCGCGCGUCAUCAAACACUUCGUCUGGUUCCACUACAUCCACUACAUCCGCUCCUACCAGUCGUAAACGGCGCGCAUCUGCUCUGGACUCGCCAGAGCCGGAGGAGAUCCAGGACGACAAGGCUGAUACUGUCACUAUUGUCCAUUUGGAGAAACUUGAGGACGAGCUUCGGCAAGCUUAUGCAAACUUCUUCAGCCACAAGGGAGCCAGGAAGUAUCUCCGUAAGGCAAAGAGGGCGAAGCUGGAGGAAGGAACCACCGCCAGUAGCGGCGAGGUUGUGGACCUGCCCGAAGUCCACGAAUAAACCGUCGCCUCAGACCUGCUUACAGCUACCCUUCUUACAACACGCUGUAUACAAUCCACCCUAGAUGUAUCAUUUCUUGUAUCCAUAUUAACGUACAUAGUCCUAUGUAACUCCACGCCGCCACUCGCGGCCAGUGUGACAGGC